UCAGCUCUUUUUAAGCCUUCAGCCGCAGCAGCAGCCCAAAGAAGGAAAGCUGAAGAGAGCCUCCCACCUUACAAACCCCAGAGUCCCAAAAGAAACCACCAUCAACACCACCAUGGGAAGAGCCCCUUGCUGCGACAAAGCCAACGUGAAGAGGGGGCCAUGGGCCCCCGAGGAGGACGCCAAGCUCAAGGCCUACAUCGAGCAGCAUGGCACUGGAGGCAACUGGAUCGCCCUCCCUCCAAAGAUCGGCCUUAACCGAUGCGGCAAGAGCUGCCGCCUCCGAUGGCUAAACUAUCUUCGGCCGAACAUUAAGCAUGGAGGAUUCUCUGAAGAAGAAGAUCACAUUAUUUGCAGCCUGUAUAUCAGCAUCGGUAGCAGGUGGUCUAUAAUCGCCGCCCAAUUGCCGGGAAGGACCGAUAACGACAUCAAGAACUACUGGAACACGAGGCUGAAGAAGAAGCUUUUAGGCAAGCAGCGCAAAGAUCACCAGAAACAGGCACGCCGAGGCGGAGGGCCAAAGCAAGAAGGCAAGAGUGAUGAGAGCGGAAAUCUAGGAGUUAUUGGCGAGGGUGGCAGCCGGAGCACGUAUUGGCCCGAGCCGGCCAUGCCUGUGUACUCGACCAGCCGGCCCGAUCAUCAUGUCCACGACGACCCUGCUUCGACAAAUAGGCUGCUGCUGAUGCCUGGGGGAAGGUCCUCCAACGACAGCAAUCCAAGCCAUCAGAGCCCUUUCAUUCCACCCUCGCCAGUUCCACUGCCACAACUCUACGACGAUUCGGCUGGCUUAAUGAACCCUUUGGUGAGCAACACUUCCAUCAGCGAAGCCUUGCAAGGUCCUCAUCGGUUUGCAGAUGAAAUCGAUGAGAUUUUUCAUUUCAAUCCAGUGAAACUGGAAGGCCUUGAUUGCUUCUAUGGAGCAGGAGGCAUCGUUGAUGAGCACCACGGGAAUACCACGUCGGAGAGCAUGAAUUGGAGCGCGGUAGGUCCUUUGAUACACCCGAAUGCGGUCACGAGCUACCAAGGGAUGCAGCAGUGUCUGUUUGAAGAACCGGUUCACCUCGGCAUGCAGUGAUGAUUGGUGUACAUGAGCUUGUGUAGGUUUGUAAAAUUGAUGAAGGCGAUGGCAUUGAAUUUCUCAGAUAACACCCAAAUAAACUAAAGUCUUUGGGAGAGCUGUUUGAUUUGUGUUUUUUGUCCAGAUAUUGGUUAGUGAUUGCAGCUCAUUUGGCUCUAUUCU